AUGGACCCGCCGCCAGUUAACCAGACAAUCGGCGUUUUCGCUGUACUUGUUUUAGUUUCUACAGUUGUAGGCGCCGUGGCCUUCUCUGUAAGGGCCACUGUGCUGUCGAUUUACCGGAAAAGGGCGUCCUUUGAUGAAGAGUCGGUUGCCUUCUCACGAACACAAGAGGAGCAUGUUAGGAUACUGCCAGGGCAAUUCCACCAACAACAAUCGCCAGUGACCGACGACUUUAAGAAUUGGAAUCCUUUGCGUCGCAAAAUAUCAGAGAGUCCUACUAAUCCUUUCAACGAACAUGAAAACGAAGUCACCUCUCCUUCUCCUCAGGCUGUCAUGUCUGUCACAGACGAUGUAUCUACCGUCUAUAGUUCUGAGCUGAGCUGCCCAGGAACGCCUCAGAUUGACGUUAUCGGCUUGCUGUCGGCCUCUUAUAUGAAGCGAUUUGUCUACCUGGCACUGGAUCUUCGUCUGUUGAAGGCGCUGGUUGAGCAACGAGCCGUACUGGUGCCAGUGCAUAAGCAAGAAGAUGGCACCUCUCGUUCCAAGGUAAGGCUCUCGCAGCUUUUGAAGUUUACGUAUCAGAUUCCUCGCCGCCAUUACCAGGACGUGGGAUCGUUGAAUGUGGCUGUUGACGAGAUCUUGAAUGGUGUUGAGAGUGAUCCAUUCAUGAAGACCAUGAGCCUCUUCCACUUUGUCACUAUCGGCUCAACCGAACAGACAUACGAUAAUCCCUACUUCUUUACGAGGCCAUUCCACAGGGUUAUAUCAUGGUGUUCAGAUCCUAGCGUACUAACAGAGGAACCAGAGCUGUUGCAAAUGUGCAUUGCAGAUGUCUUAGUAUGUUGGAGCUGGAACCAGUGGUGCUGUGCCAAUGGCGCUAGAGCUCGAGGAAGCGAAAUCAUAAGAGUAUUGGCUCAGGCGGCUAGUAUGGCGCCAGACGAGACUUACCACUGCGUCGUCCAAGGAGAAGUGAUGGCUGUCUUGUGUCUGAUGUACACUGGAUUAGCCCAUUUUGCACCCAAUGUUCAGAAACCCAUCUUGUUCAAGAUCGCUACGGUUAUGAAAGCGUGUUCUUCGACAGCCCCAUGUAAUGCUCAUCGGGACCUUGUCCCAAUUCUUGCCCAUGCUGUGUCUUCCACUCUGCGCCAAAGUAACCUUGUGGUGUUAUACGAGUGUCUCAGCGUAUUAGUGAGCCCACACCGGCAGUGUUGUUUGGAGUACAGAGACCUUGCGCCACCUACAUCAGACUUGUUAGCAUUAUUAAGACAUGGGCUUUGGACCAGGCAGUCUUCAGAGGUUCGUGAAAAGGCUAGGGUGUUGGCAGAGAAGCUAGGCGAGGAGUUUGAACAAAUGGAAGAAUGGUGUGAUCAAGGUGACACCACUAGCGAGUCCCUAGAUAACAUUGUCGCUCCUGGAGCCUGGCUGAUGUUUAAAUAA